AUGGCAGCCAACUUUAUGGUAGACGAUUCAACCUUGCAAGAUUCAAAGCAAGUGCAGGUUAAAAGAAGAAGAAGAACUAGUAGUAGAGUCUUGGCGUCUCCUUCGAUCAAUGUGGAUUAUCACGUGAUUCAGGAACUCAGCAAUGUCUUGACUUGUCUUUCAGGAGAAGUUGAUAUUCAGCAAGUGGUUUCAUUUGUUGAAAAAGAUUAUUUAGGUAAGCUUUUUUCUAUAUGGUCGUACUAUGCAGCGACAAACAAUCAUAAGGAGCUUGUUGCUAUAACCAACCAGGUGAGCUCGUUGAUCAGCAUCAUAAAUGAAAACAAGUUGCUAUUUCAUUUGCUGCAACAGAAAAUCGUUGCUGCAUUGCAGGUUUUCUUAACCAGCUAUACAACAACCAUUUAUCGUGCAUUGAGCAGCUUGAAACCAUCCUUGGUAAACCCAAAUAUCAGAUUAUUAGACAAUAUCAUCAAGUACGAUCCAGCACUAGUUGAGACCUUUUUAAACAACUUUGAUUUAUCACUUGCCGUACUACCCAAAUUAGUUACACCCAGUAAAAUAGAAAUCGAACAAGGAGAAGUAAAUGAUUUGUUUUCAAUUCGCAGUAAUUUUAUCAAAUUUUGGAUAUCUUUAUGCUCAAACGUCCUGUCUUUGCAUCGACUCGAUUUGUUGAUUAAUCAUCCAAAGAUUGUCAGAAAUAUAUGGAAAUAUUUGCAAUACGACACUUUAGACUCGAUUCACAAUUUGAUUGAAUUUCUCAAUAAGCAUGUUCUUGACGAAUUGAAUUUCAAAAAAUCAGAAAAGUGCAAGAUUUUAAAUGACAAUUUCAUGUUUAAAGUGAAUGGAUUAUUCAAUUCCAUUAAAGAUGGCUAUUUUAUAGAGUUUAUGAAUAAACUAACAAUGGAUUUUAAACUGGGUAUAAUUUUUCCAAAUGACAAGUUUUGGAAUAAAGAGUCAAGUUUGGGUGUCAUUAUCGAAGUCAAUUAUAAAACUUUUAAAGUUGCCAAUAAAUUGAUUUAUACAUUGCUAACAAGCUUGAAACCCACAGACUCAAAUCAACAAUUACAAUUCAUUGUUAGGGUUUUGUCCAGUUGUCAGGAACUAGUUGCACCAUAUAUGGAGUAUAUAGUUCAACACGGCGGUGGGUAUCAUGAUCCUUCAUUGACGUCAUGGUGGAUCUCGCACACUUUACUAUACACAAACAUUUUGCAGAUACCAAUACCAACACCAAUUACAAAAUUUUCCGAAUCCAAUAAUCUGGAAUUUUCCAAGUAUGAUGCUAAACUUAUUGCACAAAGUAUUAAUUUGGCACCCCUACUGAAAAGCGCAUUGGUCAAGGGUUUGCAAGCUAAAAAAAAAUUAAUUGUUCAAUUAACUUUACAGUUGAUCCUUUAUAUGCUUCUCAAGUUGGAAAAAGUUUUGCAAAUUGUUAAUGUUUCAAAACAAGAAUUGAUAGAUAUUGUAUUUGACAAGCUUCCUGAUAUUUCCAUUAUUACGCAAGUUUUGACUUUGGAUUCCAAAAUAAGUCAACUUACUGCUUUAACUGUGAUUAGCAAGUAUGAUUCGUUAAUGCCAUUAUUAGCAAAUAAAAGCUCGUUACAGAAACUAGUUUCAACGGGAAUCUCGCAUAUCAUUGAGAAGAAAUUGCAAAAUUUGAAGAGCUUUGAUUUGAUUGUACUUGACCUUUACAUGAAUUUACAAAAUCAAGAUUUCAAAUGGUGGAAUAAAAUCAGCAAUGGUCAAUCUAAUUCUGAUUCUAAUUCUAAUGCUAAUGCUAAUUCUUUUUAUACAUUGCUUUUAAAGCUAGCAUCAAGUUCCAAUAUCUCGUCAUCUAAUUUCGUUCAAAAGAUUUACACUUUACUAAACAAGUUAAGUGAAGAAAAGAUGUUUUUUAAUGAAAAAUUAUUAGUUACUCCUAUUAUGGCCUUGAUAUACUCGGUUGAAUCAAAGUCAGAAAUGGAUCAAGAGUUUUGGAAUAUGUUGGAUGAAACUAUAUCGAGAUGUGUACGCACUCCAUACAAGUAUCUUGAUGCAUCACGUGAAAAGUUUGAAGAUACAAGUAUAUUUGUAGUAGCACUCGUUGAACAGUUUAAAUAUUUAAUCAACAAAAAAGAAGAAGAAGGAGUAAAUACUAAUGAACGCGGGGCAUAUUUGAACUGGUUAUCAUCAUUUGCCAAGUAUUUGGUUAUAUUUGGUGCUUCAAAAUCAGCAGUGAAAUUAUUACUUGAGGAAGUUGACGCCAAUUUAUCAAUUGACGACUUUGUUGACUUUGGUAGUCAAAGUUCUCCAGUUGAUAAGGAUUCGUCGUUUUUGGAAAUUAUUUAUAAAUUAUCAACAGAUCAGUUGAUUCAAUCACCCUUGAUUUUAGAAAAGAAAAUAAUUUCAUCAAAUCUAGAUUAUGUUGCUUGUUUAAGCUUGAUCCAUAUGGUUAUCGAUAAGACUACACCGGCACAGCAAUUAAUCUCGAUUUUAUUCAGCAAGAUUUGGAAUUUUUUAACCAGUUUGGAUAAAGAUGCGAUAAAUUACUUUGUUUCUGAUUUGAUUUGGACUCCAUUAUUUGAAAGGUGUAAGAGUAAUAAUGAGAAUGCCAAAAUGGCAUUACUAAUUUACAAUGAGAUAUUGCAGAAUCUUCCACAUGCUGUGACCACCCAAUUCAGUCAGUUUGUAGUGAAAAAUUUGUUGAUUGGAGAUGAAAGUUUUGUUCCAUUUAUUUGGACAAUUGAAGACGAUGAUCAAGUAUCUGAUUUGUUAAACAAAUCAAACACAAACGAAGCUAUUUUCAAAGCUAUGAUACCUCAUGCUGUAAAGAAGCAGUUACCACUCAGUAUUGAUCAAUUUUGGAGGCUAUUUGAAAUGGGAGAAAGAGACUCUUUACUAAUUGAUCUAAUUGAUAAGGAUUUAAUUGUGCUUGAUCAAACACAAUUGGGCUUGUUAGUUGAUAAGAUUAGCAAACAACCAAAUUUUUAUUUCCUAUUGCCUACCUUGAUCAAGAAAUGGAAAACCGUAGCAAUUGAUUUAAUUGAUAAAGAAUUUGCAAACUCUGAUGAUGAUGAUGAUAAUUAUAGCUUAAGGUUGUUGAUUUCAUCUUCAAUGAUUCAAGAAGGCAUGGAAAUACCCCUGGCGUAUUUAAAACAUAGUUUGGACAUUAUUAAAAACAAACUCAAUUUGCAAAGUUUGGAUGGAUCUCAAUGGUCUUGCAUAUUGAUUAUCUUAUUAUCAGAAACAGAUAUUGACCAAGAGCUAGUGGGCCAUGUUUUAGAAUCUAUCCCGUUCAAACAUACUUUAAACCCCCAGUUUAUUCAGUUUAUUUCCAAAAAAUUUCUUGACAAGCAGGUCAAAACUUGGUUAAAUAAGUGCAUGCUUUAUAUAACAAAGAAAUUCACCGAACUGGACUCAAUGUCAGAGACUUUUAAUUCCUUUUUAAUUAGCAUGGGUGAAUAUUUCUUUGGCUCUAAUAUCUGGUCCGUUGUUGGUACAAAUAUACUAAAUACACAAUUGGAAGCUAUUCUUGAAUCCAAAUGGGUUGCAAGUGAAAUAUACUUACAAUACAUUAUCAAAUUAAUUUUGUGUGCUCCAAAGAAUAAAAUUGAUUUUCUAAAAAUUUUCCAAAUUGCAUUAAACACAUUCAGUUUAGAGGAGUUACCAAAUAAGGAUAGUGUAAAGACGCGGUAUUAUUGCGUUGUAAUAAUUUUCCUACUUUACAAUUUCGAUCAUCUGAAACUAUCCAAUUUGACCAAUUUGGAUAUCAUAUUGGAAAAGUAUCAAGGGUUGAACAGAGCUGAGGAUUGUAUGUUGAAAUUCAUUCUUCAAAAAAUGGAAGGCAAAUUGGCAGUUUCUUGGAUAAGUAAAGUUUCCAAUUGGGUAUUUUUGCAAGAGGAGGGAGGGUCAACAACUGAAUUGGACAAACUUGUGACAAAGACAAAUGGUCAAUUCACGGUGAAGUUGAGCAAAAGUAUAAUUGAAAACACUUUAAACAGUGUGCAACAAAGCAUGCUGCUCGAUCUAAGUAAGCCUCAAAGCGCAAGAGUAGAGACAUGGAAAACCAUUCAAGAAAUGGAAUUGAGCAAUUCCCUUGUUUCCGUUGAGAAACCUGCUUAUGAUGCUGAAUUUCUUUUAAUGAUAAUCCUAAACAACGAAGAGUUGUUGAAGUGUAAAAAGAGGGAAGAAGAUGCAACCAUUACUUAUGCAUUUAAUAUUAAAAAUUUAGUGGACUCUGGAUUAUUACAAUUUCUUAUUGCAGAUCUUGCAAAUGAGAAAAACUUAUCGGUGUCCAAAAUCAUAUUAAACAAAAUCAUAACUUCAAUAGAUGACGAAAUUAAUCACCAAUUUAAAGAUAAGAAUUUGAUGAAAGUUUUUCUUUCUUCGAUAUUAUUUACUUUGUCCACGUAUCAUAGCAGUAGCACCACCAUAGAAACAGAGACAGCUCAUCAAUAUAGGCCAUGUGGAUUAAUUUGGUUUGUUUAUUCUCAAUUUGUUCCUAUUUUGGCUAAUCCUGGACACUUUCUCUAUGAGAAAGUAUACAGGUACGUUCUUUCUCAUCCAAGGCUCACACCGAAAGAAUUACCAUUAUGGAAUUUGAUAACCCACCCACAAGCGGAAGGUAGUGAGUACUACUAUAGAGAAUUGAAUUGGAUGAUUGAGAAAAUCACUCAAGGUACAAACACAAUUUCAGAUCUAUUCAUAUUGAAAAUUGUACAGAUUGAAACAAUUUUGAAUACACUUAAUUUGAAGUAUCUUAAUAUGAAAUUGAAGACUGCUAUAUUGUUAUUCAUUUAUAAGAUUCAACAAAUUGAUCAAGGUUGUGAUUUAUUGAUUACAAGGUUCGGCAUGCUCAGUAACUUGGCUUUAAUUAUUGACGAUUUAAAUCAGAGUGGUAACGGUAAUGGUGGUGAUGAUGAUGAAGUGCAAAUUUUCGAUCAACAGAUUAAAAAUGAUAUUCUUGCAGUAUUGUGUAGAAUCGAAAUCAGUGUUAGUCAAAGUCAGCGUGUUCAAAAAUGGACUGGUGGUGAUUUGAAAAACGGUUUGAAAAGAUUACAUGCCUCUAUAUCUUAG